AGAAAGAGAGAGAAAGAGAAAGGAGAGCGUAAAGGGAGAAAACAAAACCAGAGAUCCACAGGAAAAGAGUGUGCAGGAGAAAGCCCAACAGUCGCCCUCUACCCUUGAUCAGUCCAGCGUCCAGUCCUGCUAGCCCCAAGUUUGUUGGAAAAUCCUGGCACCAAAUUAAGAAAGUUGAUUCAUAUUUCCACAGUCUUCACAAAAACUUGAAAUGGCCUCCACUGCAGGCACCGUCAUGAGUCGAAGCAUACCAGUUGAAGUUGAUGAAUCUGCAUUCCUGUCCCCAUUUCCAGAAAAUUCACUAGAAGAGGCUUUGAAACCUUCUGUUGAAAAUAUGGAGAAUUUGGUACCUUUAGGACCAUAUCCAGCUCAAAUGUCUCAAAAUUCCUUGGCUGAUCAGUCACAUUUAUGUAAAUCCUCAGAGCUUGCAAAUUAUCAUCAGCCUGAACCACACGAUGAAGCGAUGGAGGAUUAUGACAGCAGUCUUUGGGUAAGAUAUCAGGAUUCUGGAAAGGAUGUGUCUUCCUGUGCUUCCACUGAAUCAGAGUCUGGGAUGCUCCCACCUCAGUCUCAUCUUUUAGCUAUGGAGAAAACAAAUAAGCUAUUGAGAUCUCAGCUUUCAACUGAUUCUCCUGACACUGGACGUGACUCUUGUAAAUCAAACAAAAGUUUUUCUGAUGUUUCGCAGAAUUCACUUGAUGACAAAAGCCAAGAAAAUUUACAGUCACAUCAGCCAUCAAAUAACAGAGCACCAUUUGACCUGCCAACUGUAGACACCGGAUAUGAUUCUCAGCUUUGGGAUGUCAUGGGAAUCAGGCAGUUAGAACCUCCGUUACCACUUACAUCUGUGUUUAACCCCCAGGACCUUCCAGGACCAUUAAUAUCCAGAGAGUUUCUCAGAAUUGAACCUCAGCAGUAUCCUGUAUACCAACAAAUGCUGCACCAUAAUGUUUCUCCACAAGCUCACUGGAACCUCAGAUACCAUUGUCCAGUUGUUCCACACCACCAAAAUCCAUAUGGUAGGACUCCCUACCAACAUUUUGCACAUCCCUCGCAACCACUGCCUCCUGUUCCUGGACCUUGCAUGAGAGUCAUCCAUCCUGCCCAGCAAGUAAUCCAUAACUAUUCAAAUCCUCAUGCUCCUAAAUGCAAUGGAGAAAGAGUUCCACAAAGAGAGUGCUCCUCUGUGGUACGCCCACGAUUUCCAAACCAGUUAUACAACCAGGUACCCAAUGGAGGGCUGCCACCCACGGCAAGUGCCCAAAGUGAUGCUUACCAGUGUACUUCUGACUUCGGACCUCAGGUUAACAAUUUUCUGCCCCCAGCUGCUGUCCCAAGACCUCUUAGCAAUCCUGCAGCCAGGGGAACUCUGAGAACAAGCAAUUUGCCAGAAGAGUUGCGUAAGGUUUUUAUAACCUAUUCGGUGGAUGCAGCUAUGGAGGUCAUGAAAUUUGUGAACUUUCUGCUUGUAAAUGGAUUUCAAACUGCAAUUGAUAUAUUUGAGGACACAGUACGAGGCAUUGACAUCAUUAAGUGGAUGGAACGCUACCUAGGUGAUAAGAUGGUGAUGAUAAUCAUAGCAAUCAGUCCAAAAUACAAACAGGAUGUUGAAGGGGCUGAAUCCCAGCUGGACAGGGAUGAGCAUGGCUUACAUACUAAAUACAUCCACAGGAUGAUGCAGAUUGAAUUUAUCCAACAAGGAAGCAUGAACUUUAGAUUCAUUCCUGUGCUCUUCCCAAAUGCUAAGAAGGAACAUGUGCCUACCUGGCUUCAGAACACUCACAUUUAUAGCUGGCCAAAAAAUAAGAACAACAUCUUGUUGCGGUUACUGAGAGAAGAGGAAUAUGUUGCUCCUCCAGUAGGACCUUUGCCUACACUCCAGAUUGUGCCACUAUGAACAGUUUUACAGAAAGUGCAUGACAAGUAAUUGUUAAAGGGUGAUGUUGGCAGGGAGCCAGGACUUUUCCAGGUGGCCCUUUCUGAUGAUGGAAGAUUCUCUUUCUGCUAAAGGAGUUGUCUUGGGUAAUUCAGACUCAGCUCCCUCACUUUUCCACUGUAUCAAACAUCUCUUUCUGAAGUUGAGCAGGCAUAAUUCCUCUCUCAAUUCUUAAACACAUUGCAAAUGGAAAAAAUGUCCAAUUGUAUUUUUUAUUGAUGUUUCUAAUAUUCCUCUACUAGUCUGCAACACAGCACGUAAUUACUGUAAAUUAUGUUGCAAUUAGUGUAAAACAAUUCUGCCUUCCUGUUUGCUGAGAGUUUCUUUUGUUGUUAUCCAGAUGUUCUUGCAUAUUACAGUGCUCUCAAACAAUGGAACAGACAAUAAAAUAUAUUUGCUUUUUGUAAAACUGUUUUAUUUAUUGCUGGGGAGAAAUAAUUGAGGCUUUGUGGUGGUUUGCGAGCAACCUUAAAGGACUGGCAACUGUUCAGUAAUACAUCUUUUACUCAAAGAUUAUCUUGCACUGUAUUUGAUGAGAGGGCCUGUGACUCUGGCAGACCAGGUGCCAGCUCAUGGCAAGCCUCAGGCCUCAUUGAACCAUGCAUAGAUGGAAACCAGUCUGGCUUACCUGUGGGUUAGUAUAGUUAAAAUAGAGAGACAAGGUGAGUGAGGUAAUAUCUUUUAUCGGACCAACUUCUGUUGGUGAGAGACACAAGCUUUUGAGCUAUACAGAGCUCUUCUUCAUGUCUGGGAAACAUAAUCGGAGUGUCACAGCUAAAUACAAGAUUGAACAGAUAGUUUAGCAUAGCAUAUAUUGAACACUGUUAGAUCUUGUAUUUAGCUCUGAUGCUCUUGAGUACUUUUCCCAGACUUGAAGAAGAGCUCUGUGUAGCUCGAAAGCUUGUCUCUUUCACCAACAGAAGUUGAUCCAAUAAAAGAUAUUACCUCAUCCACUUGUCUCUGUAAUGUCUUCAGAAUAACAUGGCUACAACAACACUGCAUACAACAGUGGAAGAUACAGUUAAAGUAGAUAUUAAUAUUAUAAGAGUGAGUUUGGUGUCUAGACCUUAUGAACAGUGUAGGAUGCUGCAUGUAUUGAUCUCACUUAUAACCUCUGUAACCAAUGGUAUAAAGUUAUAUUGAGUGUUUGCACUGUAAACCUCUGUAAUUAUAUAACUCACCAAACAGGAAAAGAAGCAUUAAUUAAGGUAUAGUGCUCAUCCAGCACACAAGAUGGCCCACUGAAGCCAGAUGAGCCAAUGGGUAGCAUCAAAGGACAGAGACCUUGUUGAUUGCAUUCCUCACUCCAUCCCGGAAGGGAAGGCCUGCACAUGAACUCAUCCCAUCAGUUUGGGAUCUGAGGUGAAGAAGAUAAAAAUCUCUGACAGGGAGAAACUGGGUCUCUUUCAUGCUGUCUGGACUCCGAGGGGCAAAGAUUUCUAAACAUAAGCAAGAGAUCCCCUUGCUGCUUGGCAUGAGUCAGCCCUAAAGGAUAUAUACAGCUGCUUAUUAUAGAACCUUAUGUUACCUUUUUAAAUCUUAAGACUGCAAGUAUGUGUAUGUUUUUGUGUGUGUGUAUUUCA